GGAUGCAGUCAGCGUAAGGGCGGUGCUUUGCUGAAGAAGAAAAGGGAACGGUUUACUUUAAAUAAAUACGGUCCACACAAUGCCUACACGGUUAUUCUUCAGCAAAACCAAGGAGGGAUGAGUUUGACUAGAAGUUAAAUCUUGGAAGUUCUGGAACACAGUGCGUGGCGCUGUGGCAAGAGAGCGGUGCAUUGUUGAAGCCAUGGCUGCUCAGUGCGACUCCUUGAGCGGAUACCUCCAACAGUCCGACCCGGGCUCCAACAGCGAGCGCAGCACUGAUUCCCCUCUCCCCGUCUCAGAGGAUGACACUGGUGGGCCCCCGGUCCCGCCAGACCCGGAGUGGACUGAGGAGAGAUUCCGAGUGGACCGUAAGAAAUUGGAGAUCAUGUUAUUGGCUGCCACAGAAGGAAGAGCGAACGGAGGAGAGGACUUCUUCCAGAAGGUAAUGGACGAGACCCAGACCCAGAUAGCGUGGCCCUCCAAACUGAAGAUUGGUGCCAAGUCCAAAAAGGAUCCACACAUCAAAGUGAGCGGGAAAAGGGAGAACGUGAAGGAGGCCAAGGAGAAGAUCAUGUCUGUUCUGGACACCAAGAGUAACCGCGUGACCCUGAAGAUGGACGUGUCACACACAGAACACUCGCACGUCAUCGGCAAAGGCGGCAACAACAUCAAGAAGGUGAUGGAGGAGACCGGCUGCCACAUCCACUUCCCUGACUCCAACCGCAACAACCAGGCUGAAAAGAGCAACCAGGUGUCCAUAGCUGGCCAGCCAGGAGGAGUGGAAGCAGCGAGAGCUAGAAUAAGGGAGCUGCUCCCUUUGGUUUUGAUGUUCGAGCUGCCGGUGAUGGUGCAGAUGAACCCUGACCCCAGCUCACCGGCCAUCCAGCACAUCGCUCAGACCUACAGCAUCUCAGUCAGCUUCAAGCAGAGGUCACGCCUGUACGGGACCACCGGGGUGGUGAGGGGGUCGCAGAACAAUGCCGCCGCUGUGAAGCGUGGUACGGCGGUGCUGCUGGAGCACCUGGCGGGCAGCCUGGCGGGCGCCAUCACGGUGAGCACGCAGCUGGACAUCGCCCCGCAGCACCACCUCUUCAUGAUGGGCCGCAACGGCGCCAACCUCAAGCACGUCAUGCAGCGCAGCGGCGCCCAGGUCCACUUCCCCGACCCGGGCAGCCUGCAGAAGAAGUCCACGGUCUACGUGCAGGGCACCAUCGACGCCGUCUGCCUGGCACGCCAGUACCUCAUGGGUUGUCUGCCACUAGUCCUGAUGUUUGACAUUAAAGAGGACAUCGAUGUGGAUCCUCAGUUCAUCACCACACUCAUGGAGCAGCUGGACGUGUUCAUCAGUGUUAAACCCAAACCUAAACAGCCUAGCAAGUCUGUGAUCGUGAAGAGCGUGGAGCGGAAUGCCCUCAACAUGUACGAGGCGCGGCGCUUCCUGCUCGGCCUGGAGAAUAGUGGGGUCGCCCCGUCCACCCCCACCUCAAGCAGCUGCAGCCCCUCCAGCAGCCCGUCUGCGCCCCCCACCCUCAGCUGCACCUCGGUGGGGCUGGACAUCCUGGCCUCGGCUGGCCUCGGCCUCACCAGCCUGGGUCUACUGGGCCCCUCAGCGGCCUCCAUGGUGGGCUCGUCCCCCAACUCUCUCCUGAACGCCCUCAACAGCUCCAUCAGCCCCCUCCAGACCCCCAACUCCACAGCCUCCAGCCCCACUCUCUGGUCCAGCUCACUCACCAGCCCCUCCAGCAACACAGAUAUAUAUUUGUGUCGUGCCACAGGUUUCCCGUCCCCUCUCCUCAUCCACCCGGCCACUCAGGCCACCCUGACCUCCAUCCUGCUGUCGGGGGUCCAGGGCUUCACCCACAGCACCCCCUCCCCCCCACCCGGCCUGCCGCCCAGAGACCCAUCAGGCAGCGAGGGGCCCGACUGCAGCAAGGCCAUGGCACCACUCAAUGGACAUGUAAAGCAUUCCAGCUCUGUUUACAGCAGGAUGUCGGCGGCGGCGGCGCUGGCUGAUAAGGUACUGAGUGCCAGUCACAACGAGUCGGUACCAGAACCCGGUUCCCACUGCUCCUCAGAGACACUACAGGCCAAACCCAGCCCUAACCAAGGUUCUAAUGAUGCGUUCGUGGAGGUGGGGAUGCCUCGGAGCCCCUCCCACUCGGGCAGCAGCAGCGAGCUGAAGCAGAUGCUCGCCUCCUGCCAGAGCAGCUUGGGGAAGAGGCAGGCCCUGGAGCUGCUACAGGGCACCAAGAACUCACACUUACACUCUGACUGCCUCCUGUCCGACUCGGACUCCAGUGCGUCUGAGGGUCCCGUGGCAGAUAAGCGGGCACCGGGCAGCGAGCGGGCAGCCGAGAGGGCUGCGCAGCAGCAGUACUCAGAGCGCAUCAGUCUGUCACCACAGACGUCCUUCGACAGCAUGCAGGCAUUCGACUAUGAACAGAAAAAGUUACUUGCGACCAAAGCCAUGUUGAAAAAGCCAGUGGUGACUGAGGUACGAACCCCCACCAACACCUGGAGUGGCCUGGGCUUCUCCAAGUCUAUGCCAGCUGAGACCAUCAAGGAGCUUCGCAGGGCCAACCACGUGUCCUACAAGCCCACCAUGUGCACCACGUAUGAGGGAUCGCCUCUGUCGCUGUCCCGUUCCAACAGCCGAGAGGGCGUGGGAAACGGCAGCGAGUCGGACAACUGGCGGGAGCGCAACGGGGUUAUGGGCGGGCUCCUGUCACACAGCGAGCUCACAGCAGCCCUCAGUCCGAAGAGGAAGCAGAAUAAAACAGCGGAGCACUACCUGAGCAGCAGCAACUACAUGGACUGCAUCUCCUCUGUGACGGGCAGCAACGGCUGCAGCCUCAACUCCUCCUUCAAAGGCUCGGACCUCCCCGAGCUCUUCAGCACGCUAGGCCUGGGCAAAUACACCGACAUCUUCCAACAGCAGGAGAUUGAUCUGCAGACGUUUCUCACUCUGACAGACCAUGACCUUAAGGAGCUGGGCAUCAGUACCUUCGGAGCCCGGAGAAAAAUGCUGCUCGCUAUUUCAGAGUUGAACAAGAACCGGAGGAAGCUGUUCGAGCCGCCCAUCCGCUCAUCCUUCCUAGAGGGAGGGGCCAGCGGCCGCCUGCCACGCCAGUUCCACUCGGACAUUGCCAGCGUUAGCGGACGGUGGUAGGGGUCAACCCCUAGGGGUCACGGAUGAAACUGAAGAUGACUGAACCCUCGGAUCAAACCGUCCCCAUCAUCCAACAUCUCCUCCAAUGUGUGAAGCCAUCCCAUCCCAGCCCUCUCUUAAAGCCAUGUCCUCUAUGACCCCCCCCCCCCCAAGUGAAG